AUGAAGAUCGCCGCAGUGACAGUUCUUCUCUUCAUAACAGGCGUGCUUUCUGCCGUUCAUAAGAAGAACGCACUUGCGUCUAUCAGUACAUCUCUGACAAAGCACUUCCUGCCCAACAUCCCCUCCACAUGCCUUGCCUACCUGGAAGGCCUCAUUAAGUGGGAGAUCAUCGUGAAGAGCGAGAAGGACAUUGAGUGGAUCUUUGGCUGGACAAAUCACACUCAAUGCAAAAAGUGCGUCGGUACUGCUAUCGGCAAGUCCGACAUUAUAAUCUGCAUGCAGUGCCUACGACCCUACGAGAGCCACAUCUGCAAACUGCCCGGUUGCAGUAAAUGCCUGAAGGAAACUAUCAGUGAAAAUAGUGACUGCAAGCGCUGCCUUGCGGAGACAAUUUACGUCACUGAGUCGGUGAGGUGCAUGGUUGAAGCGAAAGUCAAGAGGACGAUGACUCUCCUUAAACUCGGCGUCUGA